GCAUAAUAGGAGAUGCAAUGCCUGGUGGGUGGGAGAUCCAAGAAGACAAAGAGAAGAAUGAGGUGACAGUAGAUCCUGGGGUCACAAAAGUGGGUCUGAAUGAGUGUACCUUCAGGCUGAGUUCGGGAAGGUCCAGAGAAAAGCAAAGAAUGUGCACAGCAUCAUCACCCUCCCUAAAUAGCAACUGGUACUGAGCAGCAAGGAAUGAGAUAGUGCCCUUAUCCAGAACUCCUUGAGUAUCUGAACAAGGAGAUCGACAGAAGGAAUGCAGCCCUGCUUUGUUCUCCCAAGGAAGACCUAUGCCAAGAAGAGGGGAUGCACAGGAGGCCUUACUCCAGACCCCAGAGCCUUGACCCUGGAACUGCCCUUCCAGCGAUGCCCAUCAGAUACAACAUUGUGGCCGUGAAGCUUUACACGUACGUAUAUGUCCCUGGAUAUACUCAUUUUGCUACAAGCAUCGAUAUGGCACUGACUCUCGGUCCCUCACUUGACGUGAGGGUAGAAACCAGUGAGCAAUUAAGCUCUCAACUGGCAAAGAGCCAACGAGAAUCAAAAGAACUGAAGGAGAAGCUUCUUAGAGCUGAGGCUAAGGCCUACCUCCUGGCAAAGCACCUGCGGGACCACAAUUGUGAAGAGUAUGAAGAUCUAAUUGAAUCAAUGCUGAGGGAGCCGCACUUCCUGGAGGGGCAGCUGGCAGAGGAGCUGCUACCUGCGGAGAUCUCAAGCCCUCCUCAGCAGGACCCUGACAGCUGCCAGAGCCGGCAACUACUCACUGAGCUGCUCAAGCUGACAGAGCACCUUGUUGCCAAACUCAGCACAGAGAAACCUUUUGGGGAACGGGAAUAG